AUGAGGUCCAACACCCAAUCGUUUAAACACUUCAACACUCAGUCCAAUGCCCAGUCUAUCAACCACUCCAGCACGCAGUCCAACACCCAGUCUAUCAAUCAGUCCAACACCCAAUCCAACAACCAGUUUAUCAAUCAGUCCAACACCCAAUCCAACAACCAGUUUAUCAAUCAGUCCAACAGGCGGUCCAACACCCAGUCUAUCAACCACUCCAGCACGCAGUCCAACACCCAGUCUAUCAAUCAGUCCAACACCCAGUCUAUCAACCACUCCAGCACCCAGUCCAACACCCAGUCUAUCAAUCAGUCCAGCACCCAGUCUAUCAACCAGUACAACACAAAGUCCAAUGCCCAGUCUAUCAGCCAGUACAACACAAAGUCCAACACCCAGUCCAUCAACCACUCCAACGCUCAGCCCAAAACUCACUCCAACAUCCAGUCCAACAACCAGUUUAUCAAUCAGUCCAACACGCAGUCCAACACCCAGUCCAUCAACCACUCCAACGCUCAGCCCAAAACUCAGUCCAACUCUCAGACCAACACCCACACGCAGUCCAACACCCAGUCUAUCAAUCAGUCCAACACCCAAUCCAACAACCAGUUUAUCAAUCAGUCCAACAGGCGGUCCAACACCCAGUCUAUCAACCACUCCAGCACGCAGUCCAACACCCAGUCUAUAAAUCAGUCCAACACCCAGUCUAUCAACCACUCCAGCACCCAGUCCAACACCCAGUCUAUCAAUCAGUCCAGCACCCAGUCUAUCAACCAGUACAACACAAAGUCCAAUGCCCAGUCUAUCAGCCAGUACAACACAAAGUCCAACACCCAGUCCAUCAACCACUCCAACGCUCAGCCCAAAACUCACUCCAACAUCCAGUCCAACAACCAGUUUAGCAAUCAGUCCAACACGCAGUCCAACACCCACACGCAGUCCAACACCCAGUCUAUCAAUCAGUCCAACACCCAGUCUAUCAACCACUCCAGCACGCAGUCCAACACCCAGUCUAUCAAUCAGUCCAACACCCAAUCCAACAACCAGUUUAUCAAUCAGUCCAACAGGCGGUCCAACACCCAGUCUAUCAACCACUCCAGCACCCAGUCCAACACCCAGUCUAUCAAUCAGUCCAGCACCCAGUCUAUCAACCAGUACAACACAAAGUCCAAUGCCCAGUCUAUCAAUCAGUCCAACACCCAAUCCAACAACCAGUUUAUCAAUCAGUCCAACAGGCGGUCCAACACCCAGUCUAUCAACCACUCCAGCACGCAGUCCAACACCCAGUCUAUAAAUCAGUCCAACACCCAGUCUAUCAACCACUCCAGCACCCAGUCCAACACCCAGUCUAUCAAUCAGUCCAGCACCCAGUCUAUCAACCAGUACAACACAAAGUCCAAUGCCCAGUCUAUCAGCCAGUACAACACAAAGUCCAACACCCAGUCCAUCAACCACUCCAACGCUCAGCCCAAAACUCACUCCAACAUCCAGUCCAACAACCAGUUUAGCAAUCAGUCCAACACGCAGUCCAACACCCACACGCAGUCCAACACCCAGUCUAUCAAUCAGUCCAACACCCAGUCUAUCAACCACUCCAGCACGCAGUCCAACACCCAGUCUAUCAAUCAGUCCAACACCCAAUCCAACAACCAGUUUAUCAAUCAGUCCAACAGGCGGUCCAACACCCAGUCUAUCAACCACUCCAGCACCCAGUCCAACACCCAGUCUAUCAAUCAGUCCAGCACCCAGUCUAUCAACCAGUACAACACAAAGUCCAAUGCCCAGUCUAUCAGCCAGUACAACACAAAGUCCAACACCCAGUCCAUCAACCACUCCAACGCUCAGCCCAAAACUCACUCCAACAUCCAGUCCAACAACCAGUUUAUCAAUCAGUCCAACACGCAGUCCAACACCCACACCCAGUCCAACACCCAGUCUAUCAAUCAGUCCAACACCUGGUCUAUCAACCAGUACAACACAAAGUCCAAUGCCCAGUCUAUCAGGCAGUACAACACAAAGUCCAACACCCAGUCCAUCAUCCACUCCAACGCUCAGCUCAAAACUCAGUCCAACACUCAGACCAACACCCAGUCCAAAACUCAGUCCAAUACCCAGUCCAUCAACCACUCCAACACCCAGUCCAACAUCCAGUCUAUCAGCCACUAA